AUGAAAUUUUUCAGCCAAGCAAUUUUCGUGGCCAUCUUCGCCGCCGCAUCUCUUGUGGCAGCCGCUCCUGUGCCUACGGAGAAGCGUGAUCAGUACGAUGUUACUAUGAAAUGUCAGGCUGCCUACGCAGACCUUCUCGAGAAGCGUGAUCAGUACGAUGUCACUAUGAAAUGCCAGGCUGCCUACGCGGACCUUCUCGAGAAGCGCGACCAAUAUGACACCACCAUGAAAUGUCAGGCUGCAUAUGCCGACUUGCUCGAGAAGCGUGACCAGUACGAUGUUACUAUGAAAUGUCAAGCUGCCUACGCGGACCUUCUCGAGAAGCGUGAUCAGUACGACACCACCAUGAAAUGCCAGGCUGCGUAUGCCGACUUGCUCGAGAAGCGGGAUCAAUACGAUUCAGUCUCCUAA